AUGGAUCUCUUUAUCUAUAAUCCGACCUACGAGGUCUGGAUUUGCACAGCACAUCGGUGCCAGUAUGCUGUCUCGCCACAGACCCUGCUUACACACCUCCGUGUCCAUCACCGUUGGCACCCAACUGUGGCCACCGCGGCCCUGCGUGAGGCAGUCUUGACAGAGAUGCUGAAGCGCCCGUGGAUUGAUCCCACUAAGAGACCCUGUGUGAUCCCGUCCCCAGGAGACCCACCGAUCCCAGGGCUACCGGUCUACCAGGGCCAUGGCUGCCCCCAUUGCUCCUACGUUGCUCGCACCACUGAGACUAUUCAGAAGCACCGCCGUGAGACCCAUAGAGACCUGGAGCCUCCCUGUGGCCGUGGGCGGCAGCCACAGUGGCAGGCAAAGGCCAGCCGCCGCCUCGCCAAUCGCGCUGUCUCCUGCCAGCGCUUGUUCCCUAAUAAGCACAGGAGUCAGCUCUUCGAGGUCACCUGUGCCGCCACGCCACCCAGCAAGCAGGCACUGCGGGCCACCGUCCCCAUGACCCCCGCGGAGCGGAUCCGCGCCUGCGUGGACCAGGCACUGCGGGAGGGGCAGGCCGCGGCAGAGAUCGAGGAUGGCCAGGUACCUGCAAUAGAUCCCCACCCUACAGCUGUGUCCCCCUGGCUCGAGCUGACCCGCUGGCCGGAGUACCUGCGGGGACAGGACCUGGCUGCAGUGGCAUUGCUGGGAUGCCUGCCUGAUCCCACCAUGGAACUUGUUCUCCUGCAGUUCAGCGCCAGUAUCAAACGGUUGAUUGACCAAGCCUACCAGGUGAUCAAGGACGGCCUUCUGAAUGAGUUCGACCAGAUCCAGAUCAACACCUUCUUUCGCAAGCCCAGUGUGUGGAACCGGCCUAUCCAGAUCCAUCUGCGGCCGGCUACCUACCAUCGAUACUGCCAGCUAGCUGCCCUGGAUCAGAUGGAGGAGCAUGCGCAGCAGCAGCUAGAUCUGCAGGGCCAGGACCAGCCAGUACUGCAAGGAAAGGUGCAAAAACAGCUGGACCAGGCCUGUCUAGCCCUCUCGAUUGCCCUGCUGGACCAUCCCCUGAAGGGAGACCUUUUCGACAGCACCCUAGUCGGCUUCCUGGCGGUCCUGGGGGUGGACCCCGCGCGCCAGAACUUCCGGGACCCGUAUAGCUACACCAGCUACCUGUCCGGCCUGGUCAAGAUGGCCCAGAUGCUGGUGGCCCUGCAGGCCGUCCGCCUGGCUGAGAAUGGCCAGGUUACCCACCCCGCAGACGCCCUGGACGAGAUGCGCGAGCGCUUCUUCUGUACGGGGUGCGCGCCCCCUUUGGCUGGAUCACCCGGCUGCACCCUGAGCUAUAAGGACCUGCAGAUGAGCAUGCAGGGGUUCCGCCAGUUUAUUGCCAGCCAGGUUCAGCUGGCCCAGGCAGAGCUCGCACAGCUGUUCCUGCUGCAUGAGGAGGAGGUUCGGGAGGAGGUAGUCCCGCAACUGGCGCUGCAUGAACUGCAGGAUGACCCCACUAAUAAUCAGCGGGGGUGGAACUUCCUGCGGGACCCCCGAACCCGUAAGGCCCUGCCCACCCAGGGGGAACGCUGGCUGCUGGACCGGGUCCUGGGGGCAGAUUGGCUGCGGGAGGAGUUCGUGGAGAUCCACCAGAUUGGGCAGCGGGAUGAGGUCCUAUGGCGGGAGGGGCCGGUGGACCAGUACCUGCAGCAGGUGGACGGGUUCCUGCAGCGGCUGCUGCUGCUGGUGCAUAUCACUGGGGGCCAGCCUGGGCGGGCCACCGAGCUGCUGACCCUGACCCAUAGCAAUACCAAGCAUGGCCGCCACCGGUCUAUUUUUAUUGAGCACGGCCUGGUUAGCACAGUGACUACCUACCAUAAGGGAUAUUCGAUCAUCCCUGCAGCGGCUAGCCCGGGGUCAGCGCGGGACUGCGUCCCCCUACCUCUGGCCCGGGGGGAGGGGACCUGGGGAAGUGACCGGCUGCGGAAGGUCCUUCAGCAGGAGGCUAAGACCCACCUACAGACCAAGCUUAAUAUCCUGUCCUACCGGCAUGCAGCUAUCGCGAUCUCACGGGUGCACCUGAAGUGCGGCGGCUUUAAGCGGGACUAUAGUAGCACAGAUGACGCGGCCUUCAACGAGCAGGCUAGCCACGGGUCCUGGAUUGCGGGCACGGUAUACGCGCGGGGGCUGCAGGAGGCACCAGGCCACAUUAAGGUGCGCCGCAAGCAGUACCGAGCCAUCAGCCAGGAGUGGCAUGAAUUCCUUGGGUUCAAAACUGGUCUGGGGCCGCGCAAGCGGAAGCUGCAGGUUCAAGAGUAUAAUCACAAUGAGUUUAGGGACCCAAAGCGGCAGCGGGAUUUCUCGCCCACUGAUUCGCGCCCACCUGGCACGCAGGCCCUGCCUGAGCCGACCCACAUCCCGAUCCACCCCAGUUCCAAACUGGCUAAGUUCCCGCAAUCUGAAAAUAAGGGGGCGGCGACUGUACUUGACACCGAGUUAGGGUUUAGCCCAGAGCGGUAUAGCGGCAGUCAGAUCGGGGUAGGGGCCAACGAAACCAUCUGGGGUAGGGUCGUGGCACCAGAUGGAGUCGCAUGGGAGCAGGCACAGGCCCAGGCAAAAGCCCAGCAGACCGUCCAGGCCAGCGAGCUCACCGACGCCAACCCGUGGCUGCGGAUGACCGGGUGGGCGGAUUACCUGCAGGGCAUCAGCGAGAAAAACCUGCUGGACUGUGUGGAGACGCCCGCGGAAGAUCCCCAGGAUGCCACGGAGCAGCGGGUGCAGGUCAUCUGGGCCACCAUGGAGCAGGUCGUCUGCAAGAGCCAGCGGACCGUCCAGCAAUGCGGCCAGGCCAUCUGGGUGGAAGCUGUCCGGUCCGAAAAGGGGCAGACCCCAUACCGGCCAUUAUUGGCAUACAUGGACGAGGCCGCAAUCCAGAAGCAUGUCCAUCCAUGGCAGCAGAUAUUAGCAUUCAUCGCCCGCACCCAGCCCCCGCACGACUGGACCAGCCCAAAAUACGGGAUGACCGCGCAGCAGCGCAAGAAAUGGCGGCAGUUAUGGCAGCUCGCCGGCCAGGGCCCCCAGAGCAGCCCUGAUCUGAUGGACCCCAAGCCAGACGACCCACAGAUAGAGGCAUGGGCCAUGACUGACAUUAAAAAGGCAUGCUUGGAGUUUUGUAUUGAGUUACUGAACUAG